GAUGCUGGAUGCAGCUGACGCACGCGUCAAUCACUCACUUCUGACGGACACAGCAUGGACACUUCAGCCAGCCGCUGUAAGAUCGUGGUGGUCGGGGACACGCAAUGUGGAAAAACGGCUCUGCUGCACGUUUUCGCCAAAGACUGUUAUCCAGAGAGCUACGUGCCCACUGUGUUUGAGAACUACACAGCCAGUUUUGAGAUAGAGAAGCACCGGAUUGAGCUGAAUAUGUGGGACACUUCAGGUUCCUCUUACUACGACAAUGUGAGGCCGCUGGCAUAUCCUGACUCAGACGCUGUGCUCAUCUGUUUCGACAUCAGUCGCCCAGAAACUUUGGACAGUGUGAUAACAAAGUGGCAGGGUGAAACGCAGGAGUUCUGUCCCAACGCCAAAGUGGUGCUGGUGGGCUGCAAACUGGAUAUGAGGACAGACGUCAACACCCUGAGGGAACUUUCCAAGCAACGCCUCAUCCCUGUCACCCACGAGCAGGGCAGCACAAUAGCUCGACAGAUGGGAGCGGUGGCCUACAUGGAGUGCACCUCCAAAGUUUCGGAGAACAGCGUCCGGGACGUGUUCCACGUCACCACGGUGGCAUCAGUGCGGCGGCCACACAAGCCUCAGCUAAAACGCAGCAGUUCCCGGAGGGGCCUAAAGCGGGUGUCGCAGCUCCCCGUGCCGCCUCUAGUGGGUUGGACUGAACCGAUGGACCCAGCACCGGACAUGAGGAAGGACCGGGCCAAGAGCUGUGUGCUCAUGUAGAAUCCCAGCGUUAUAAAUAUAUGUAUAUACAGAAAUAUA